AGCGGCAGCAGCCUCGCGCAGUUCGGCUGCGUACAAGAAUCAUUAUUUUUAGCGCCUGGCUCGUGUUGCAGUGUCGGGGUCGCGAGCGUUUUCCUCCACCUCCGAGUCACUCUUUGAGCAGGACUCGUGGGGAGCACGAGAGGAGCUGAAGUUGCGGGGUGUUUGACGGUAGAAAGCGAGGAGGAGGAUAACGGACUGACACAGCGGGGAGGGCAGCACCACCGACACAUCCUAUCAUCACCGUCCGACACACUCUGUGGUCAUCGGUAAACGGCCUGCCCGGAGAUGGCUAGCCCCACAGCAGGUCGAGAUAUCCCGGAGGGUUCGCCGCGGGACGAGCCGGAGCUGUCAGGGUCCAACCAUCCCGAACCAGCCUGUCUGGAGGCACAGAAAUGGAUAGAGGCUGUAACGGGGAAGAGCUUUGGCGACAAGGACUUCCGCAGCGGAUUGGAGAAUGGCAUCCUGUUAUGCGAGCUGCUGAGUGCAAUCAAACCGGGGCUGGUCAAGAAGAUCAACAGACUGCCCACCCCCAUCGCUGGGCUGGACAACCUGUCAGUCUUCCUGCGGGGCUGUGAGGAGUUGGGCCUGAGGGGCUCACAGCUGUUUGACCCCGGGGACUUGCAGGACACUUCCAUACGAGCCAACCUCAAGGACUCUGACUGCAACCGCAAACUAAAAAAUGUGCUGAACACAGUGUUCUGGCUUGGGAAGGCUGCCAGCGGCUGCGCCUCCUACAGUGGCCCUACUCUCAACCUCAAGGAGUUUGAAGGGCUUCUUGCUCAAAUGAAGGUGGAGAGUGAGGAGGGAGGCGACGGUUCACAGAAACGCAGUGUGAGAGACAGCGGCUACGACUGCUGGGACUCUGAGAGGAGUGACUCUCUCUCUCCACCACGACACACUCGAGACAACUCCCUAGACAGUCUGGACUCCUUUGGCUCCCGCUCACAGCACAGCCCUUCUCCUGAUGUGGUGAAUCGAGGCAACAGCGACGGGCGAGGCAGCGACUCGGAGGCCGAUGCCCCUAACAGGAGGCCAGAUGUGAGGAAGGAUGACAUGUUGGCCAGACGGACAGCCAGCAGUGAUUCAAGAAGCUCCAUUCCCUUUAACCAGUUUCUUCCCAACCGAACCAACGCCAGCUCCUACGUUCCAACUCCAAGGCGAAAACCACACACAGAGGAAGGAGAGCAGCGAAGUCACCCUCAAACCACUCCAGAGCAGUCCAAAAGAACUGGACCACACCACAAAAUUCCCAAAACUGUCACUUGGGCACUUGAGAACAAUGGGGAAAAACAGGAAGAGGAGAAGGUGACCCAGGAAGUGUUGGAGCAGAGGAGGCUGCAGAAGUUGGAGAAAGCAGGAAUUAAAGUUCUGCCUGCUGCCGUUCGCUACAGCAGCCCUCCCACAAUGGAGGAAAAUGAAGUGAGGUCACCAUCUCCAAACAUCAUCCUCCGCUGCAAUAAUGACUUUUUGAGCUCUCAGAAAUCUGUAUGGGACUCCUCCUCUGACGCGGAAGAGGAGGCAGAGGUGCGUAAAGUCCCGGAUGUUCGUAAAGACGACCUGGCAUCCAGACGAGCUCAUCGGGGCCCAGCUGCUCCCAAGGUGCAUCAGUUUGUCCCGCCACCUGUAUGUAGCGACAAAGACCGAGAGCGCUGGGAAGGCAUUAGACGAGCCUCACAGCAAACGCUGCAGGAGAAGGAGAUCAGUGAAAAGGAAGCAGUCCCUGACAUCAUUACACGCAGAGACAACCCCUUCCUAAACUCCGCCCCUCGCCGCGAGGAAGAGGAGGAUGGGGAGGAGGAGGAAGAAGAGGUUAUGGCGAUGCCUAAUAAGCAGAAGGAUGACCUGGCUCGUAGGCGGGCCCAAAGUAAACCCCUCCCUCACAGGGAAGGACCGGUGAGCUUUGUUUCUGCCUCCAUGAGCCAGGCAGAUAUGCAGAAGUGGGAGAGACUCAAGAUGACUGAACCCAGUGAGGCUAGUCCUGCCCCUGUGUGUCAGGCUUGUCUGCAGAAAAAUUAUGGAAGUCCUUUCAGCGGAUCAGCAAAGGCUGGACGAGGUCACAGCAAAGUUGUGACCUUUGGGGGCGUGACUGAGAUCGGGCAGCCAAUAGACACAGUCACGUCAAGUGAAGGGGAGGAGACGGAGUUGCUAAGACGACUCCUUUCCAAGGCAACUGUAGCCAUGCCUACCAUUGGCCUGGGCUCCCAGCUUUCAGAGCGGGAACGCAGCCAGGUAGAUGGAGCUGACCUCAAUCAAACCACCCCUGAAACCCCUCCUACUCCUGCUGAGCUGGAUGCACGUCUGGCUCAGUAUGAACGAAGAUCGCUCGAGGAGGAGGAUGAGGAGGAAGAGGACAGAAUCCCAGAUCUUCGGAAAGACGACAUGAUGGCGAGGAGGACAGGAGUUUUCCAUAAACAAAGCAGCACUACAGUGACUUACAACCGUUUCCUACCUCUGCCUGGCACCAAGCGCUCCACACAAGGGGAGGUCACCACUGAUGCUGCUCCGCGGAACAAAAGGGAAGUUCAGGCAGACAGAAGCAAAAAACUGAACGUCAGAGUGGAGCAACAGCCACCCAGAGUUCCCAUGGAAACAUCUCAGCUGCAUCCUGAAGCGACUAUAAUCCGAGCUCAUAGUGAACGAGAAUAUGAUGAUGAUGAGGAUGAGUAUGAUGAAAAUGAGCCUGUGCCUGACCUGGAGAAAGAUGACAUGAUGGCUCGAAGGACUGGAUCAUUCCAGAGUGCAGCCAGAACAAACCAGUUCAUCAAACAGUUCCUCCCAGUACCUGGAUCAGUUAAAUAUAACGUCGCCCCAGUGUCUGCAAUGAAGCCACUACACAGCAGACCUAAACUCACAGAGAAGAUGGCUAAUGAAAGCAGCAUCGUUACCGUGGCAGCAGAACCUCAGACGCUGCCCUCCAAAGCCCCGAUCCUCCGUAAGUGUGCAGGUCUGAGGGAGAGGCAGGAGGAGACUGGAAAGCAAGACAUGCUGAUCUCAAGCACCUCUGUCAUUAAUGUGACUGAGCCCCUCUCCUCCCCAUCGCACACUCCUCCACUCAGUCCUGCUCAUGUCCAGACUUGUAAAGUUGAGGCAGAGCUGAAAAAGCAGAGUGUGGAGGAAAGAGCUGAGGAAAAGGUGGAUGACAAUAAGAAGGAUGUGAACGAGCAACCACGAAAGAAACCGUUCUGGCUGGAUGAUGAUAAUCUACCUCCCAUCAUGAUGAGCCGGCGAGUUGCUUUUAUGUCUGAGGACACUGAGAGCGUGAGCAUGAGUGACAUCCUUAAUGAGGAAGAGGUGGGACACUUACCACCACUGAGCUUAUCACGAUAUGAGCGCAUGCACGAACAGUACAACAACUUCCAGGAAGAUGAGGACCACUGGCAAAACGACUUGGCUGCCUGGAAGAAUCGGCGUCGCAGCGCGUCACAGGAACUGAUCAAGAAAGAGGAAGAGAGGAAGAGGAUGGAGAAAAGAAUGAAGGAGGAGAGAAGUGAAAGCAACAAGAGGAAAAGCAUUAAGACCUACAAAGAGAUCGUGGAGGAGAAGGAGCGCAGAGAGGCAGAGUUAUGUGAAGCCUACAGGAAUGCAGCGACUCCAGAGGAGGCCGCCAUGGUUUUACAACGUUACGCUCUUCGCUUUACGAUCAGUGACGCAACACUGGACAGCCUAAAACUGCCCAGAUCCACUUCAAAACCCAAUUAUGACCUUCAUAAGGUGGACAAGGAGCACAAAACAACAAUCCCCGAUAAUGAAACAUCAGAAUUUCCGCACCAACCAGAACCAGCUGUUAUUUCAGACCAGAGUCACACAGAACCUGAAGAGAUGGAGACAGAUCCAGCUGCUCAACAAGAGACAUCCGUCUCUGUCUCCUCCAGUCCCCCAUCACCUGUCAGCCCCCUCAGCCCCGUCACAAACUCAGAAAAUGUGCCACCUCAGCCACUAGAACUGAAGGAGCCUCAAUCUAAACCAACAGAGUCUCCGACCACUCAUCAGAUACAGCCGAUCACAGGAGAUGCAAAGCCUCAAACCAAACACACCCCGCCUCAGACUGCACAAGGUCAACCUCAAAUCACGCAGCCUGUACACACACUCCCCUCUCCUUCAUCUGUGUCCCCCAGACCCGUCCCCCUGCUGGCAGCCAAGCCCUACUGCCAGCCCAGGAACACACAGACUGGACACAAAGCUGUCAAGAUGGACGGGUUGGUGCGAGUGAAUGGAGAGACGAUGGAGGAUUUACCUGCUUCCACUCCAUCUGCCCCAGAGGUCAGAGAUGUUCCCUCACAACCACCAGAGACAAACGUUCUCCUUAAACAGAUGGAGAAAGAUGUUCCCCACAAACAGUUGGAAAAAGAUGUUCCGUCCAAACAGACGGAGAAAGACGUUGCUGUUGAACAGAUGGAGUUGGAUGUUCCCUCCAAACAAACAGAGAAAGACGUUCCCUGCAAACAGACAGAAGAGGAUGUUACCCCUAAACAGAUGGAGACAGACGUUCCCUCUAAACAGAUGGAGACAGACGUUCCCUCUAAACAGAUGGAGAUGGAUGUUCCCUCCAUACAAGAGGAGAAAGAUGUUCCCCCCGAGAAGACUUCGACCAGUCAGGAGAAGGUAGAGCAAACGCCGCCACCACAGACAGAAAGAUCGACCUCGUCUUUGGGCUCAGCCAUCAGCUCCCUGAUUGGAGGUCGAAACUGCACCAUCACGACAACUAUUGUGACGGAGCUCACACAUGUGGAGCCACAUCGCCCAGAUAUCCAAAGCAACGGACAGGUCAACGGUACUUCUGGACUAUCUGGGAGUCCAGUGGAGGAAAAAAAGUCAGAGCCAGCUACAUCACCCAACAGCAUGCAGGAAUAUUCACCCACUGUCACAGAAGGACUUGAGGAGAGCAGUGUGACUAUUGAGACCCCCAUGUUGAACUUGGCUAAACGUGUUAAUCACUGGGUCUGGGACCCCAAUGAGGAGCGUAAACGGCUGGAAAGUUGGCAGCAGGAGCAGGAGCGCCUCCUACAGGAGCAAUACCAGAGAGAGCAGGAGAAGCUGAAGAAGGAGUGGGAGAAAGCACAGCUCGAGGUGGAAGAGGAGGAAAGGAAACACAAUGAAGAGGAGAGAAGGAUCCUAGAGGAGACUGUAACGCCCUUAAAUCCCACCUGCCCGUUGAACCAGACAGGGACGACUUCAACAGCUCCAGAAAACAACAAAACAGAAGCAAGAAACGUCCCUGUUCAGCAAAAUGGCCAAAGAAGCUCCCCUGGGAACGAGGAUCAGCACGCAUCCAAGCUGCAUUUUUUCCAGGAUUCUGCAAGUGACGGUGAACCUUUGAAGAAACAGGAACUGUUGAAGACGGCCUCUCUGGAUCGCAACCCUCAGCUUAACCAGCCACACAUUGUCAAAAGGUCCGAAUCACAUGAGGCUGUAAUAAGCAAACAGCAGACCUCCCCUUCAUCACCUCAGCCUCCCUCACCCAGCAGGUGUGUUAGUGGGAAGAGACUAUGUUCUGGUUGUUCUCAGCCUCUGGGAAAAGGAGCCGCCAUGAUCAUCGAUACACUGGGACUGUUUUUCCACAUACAGUGUUUCAAGUGUGGAGUGUGUAAAGGGCAGCUGGGUGACGCCACUACAGGGACUGACGUACGCAUUCGUAAUGGAGUGCUGAGCUGUCAUGAGUGCUAUAUUGCAUCUCGAGGCAGAGGUCAGCCCACCACACUAUGAUGAGCUGCACUUGAACUGGAACCGCCCCCCCUGCUGUCCUCGUCAGUGAUUGGACAGAGAAGAAUUUAAGAACCUUGACUCACAUUCUGGACACUCCGGAAUGCUCUGAAAAAAUCUUGGAAUCAUCGUCUUUUUUCCGAAAUGCACAAACAACUUUAUGGAUUUUACUGAGAGCAAAAACUGGACUGACACACGGACUGAGUGACACAACAUCUCAUGCACACACAGUAUAGUGUGUGCACUUAUUAACUGUACACAUGUAUACACUUUAACAUUUUAAUACGUGUAGCAUGGAUGUAAUCAAGAAAUCAGUGUGUUUAGACCUUUGCACAUCUGUACUUAGCACAGUUAAGACACUAAAAUAAGUAUCAGUUAACACUUUCAAUGCUUAAAGCUGAACCACUGCACAUCAGUCUCCGAAUAUUGACUCAUUAACCCCUGCUUCUGCACUGACCAUGUGACAGGUUUGGGUUGGAUAACUGGAAGUAGCUUGACCAUUAUAAUGCCUUACUCGUCAUCAUACCCUCUCAUCCAUUUUUGGGUUUUGUGUUUACAGUUUUGCAUGAAAGAACAUAUAUAAGUUAUUGUGAGUAUUGCUCAGAUGAAGUAGUGUGAGUUUGUUGUUAUCGUCUCAACAGCUGAACUUUAACUUUCCUCUCGUAUGUUGUACAUCAUCAUGAUAUUUUUGAAUUCUUUUGGGAAUCUCGCUAAUUUACGCAAGCUUUUUUUUUUCUUAGUUAAUUUUACAGGAAUGAGAAUGCAUGUUAUUAAUGAUAUACUUGUUCUUUGGAUUUUUAAAUAUUUUCCCUUUAAGAUGUUUUAGCCAUUGUUUAUUCUCAUAGACUGCAUCCGAAUCAGUGCCUUAUGUAAUGAAUGUGAGAGGGCUAGUGUAUGUGCAGGGGUAAAUUACACCCACACGGACCUUUGGGUCUCAGCACGUGUUUGUGCGUGUGUGUGUGUGUGUGUGUGUGUGUGUGUGUGUGUGUGUGUGUCUGUGUGUCUGUGUGUCUGUGUGUCUGUAUGAAAUUAUGCACGUACAGGUAUGUAUGUAGUGUGUGAUUUGACUUGAAGCACAGUUCCAUACCAGCAAAAAACACAUCUCAAAUGGGUCUUCUAAUCACCUGCUGUUCUCUUCCACCCUCUCUCAUGAGCUAAACCAAUGACACAGAGUGAUUUGCUGCUUCCUUGUUAAUUAUCCUCCUCUAUGACAGUAUCACAGUGUCCUAUAAUCUCUCCUCAUCUGCCUCUAUCACAAGUGUUGCCUCCCCAGAGUCUGAGCUGAACGCCUCUCUCCUCUGUGUGUCAUUGCCUCUAUCUGAACACCUGACAGCAUCUUCAUCACUCAGAGGGACAGAGCGCUCAGUUCAUUGUCUUUUAUAGCAAGUGUAUGUUUAUCAAUAAAAUAUUUUAAAUGGGA